UAAAUUUUUAUAGUGAGGCUUCGACCAUUCUAAGAUUGAGACGCUAACAUAAAUAACCUGUUAUCGGUAGAACUAUUUGAAGGAUUUCUUUACGGUUGAAAGUUUAUUUACUGCGGCUAUAGUGUUUAAUAUAAGAAAAGACCAUAAUCUGUUGAAAUAGAGAAUACACAGGAUAAUUUCGGCUACCAGCCGCACCUUCAUUUCCUAUACAAACACCAGUGAUGUUUUGACUGAUUUUUUUCGAUGACUCAUGCGAUAGGCUACCAGGCAGACAGAACCAAUGAGCAUUCCUUUGUUAGUAGAGAAUCUGCUGAGACACUAUGAUGGGAAAAGUCUCUACAUGUCCCAGAAUAAAGAAGGAUUGGGAAGAUAGAGCAGAGGGAAUGAAGAAUUGUAACUUUACCUACCACUGUCUGCCGGAUAAUGAUGGUGUACUGAGAGAAGUGUGUAUUGAAAAAACUCUACUUAAAGGAGGUUAUUGUCCUUACAUCACAUCCACUGGACAGCUUAACUGGAAAAACUGCAGUUUCAGCGAGAAAUGCCCGAAUUCUUCCUAUGUUUCUGACGAAGUAUAUAAAUAUCCUGUAUGCUAUCAGAAUUUAUUUACAAACCAAAGAGAUUCAAUAGAUCCUUCUUCUGGAAAAACAACGUUUGACACAGAUCAGUCCUCACCGGAGGAAGUCAAUAUAGAAGCUGUUGUAGUACCAGUUUUAAUAGUAGUAGUACUGGUGGUAGCUAUUAUAGUCACUGUGGUGGUUGCUUAUCGAAAGAACUUCCAUGGAUUCAGAAACCUUGUUCAAAAACGUAUUCUCAGAAGAUCCGGCAGUCCCCAGCAGUCGGGACCCAUGGAAGGUGUUGCCUUUUUAUCGGGUCAAGAAGCAACAACUCCGAGGAAUGGAAGAAGAAAGACCUUUAAAAAUGAUAGAUCAGUUGAAAGUGAGAAGAAACUAGAAGCAGUAAACAAACUAUAUUCUCUCGUGCUUUUCCUGAAAGACCUACCAAAAAAAUGCGGCAUUAAUAUAGAGCAAAUAGUGAAGGAAACUAAAUAUUUGUACAAAAAAUCAUUCAUAAAUGACCUUAACAGUGACGAGCUUCAAUGGUUAGAAACUGGAGAUUUUGAAGUAUUAACAAAUUCAACUGUUUUUACAUUUCUGACAAAUCUUUGCGGCUUUGAAAAAUCACGCAAAGGAUGGGAAAAUAAACCUUUCGACAAAGAUGUCUCUCUUGAAGCUGAUAUCGCCAGAAUACGAAUUCUUUGGAAUGGAAUGUGUGACGGAAGUGUAGAUGAAAAGACAAUCAGAGAAACAUUCCAACGAUUACGGGAUCGAUACGGGGAAAUACCUAUUUCAAAUGUUGAAACCAUGGGAUCCAAAGAAAAAAUAAAUUGGAAACAACUGAAACCUGAUUGUGAAGCUGACAAAGAUGUUGUUUUGACAGAAAAGGUGAAAGAUAUCUUUCAGAAGUUGGAAGAGGGAGAUCUGGUCGUCUGUAGUGGUGUAAUAGGUUCUGGUAAAUCAGAGGCAUUGAAAUACGUUGUAGAGAAAUAUCGUAAAGAUGGGUGGAAAGUGGAGUGGGUAGAAAAGAUACCACCUUUUACAGAUAAGCAAAAGGAGAGUGGGAAAAAAGUACCUUCUACGGAUAUACUGAAAGAGCUCCUUUGUUGUGAUAAUUUGUUUGGGGAUGUGGCCUAUGAAAAAUUCACCUUGGAGCAACUGAAGAGUGUUAAAGAUUUGCUUGAGGCAUGCUCACAGUGCCGGAAAGACUCAAAGACAAAAAAGUUUAAGUUGCUAGUAUCCGUUCACAAACAUGUUUUACAAGAAUUAGAAAAAGACAGACGUGAAAACUUUGAUUCGCUAAAAAACUUUAAUUUUACGGUGGAUAUGGACAGAUUGAGUUCAGCAGAACUUUACCAUAUUUUCAAAACAACCAUCAGGAAAGGAUGUCUGUCACAUAAGGACUGCUGGUAUGAAAAAACUGAUUUUUCGCCUGUAGAAACCAAACUGAAAAAUAAUUCAGGGAAAGUUGGAAAUCCCUUUCUUCUGAUGGCGUUCUCAAAAAAUCAUAGUCUUUUCGCAGAUGACACAUUUCCGAAGAAAACUAUUGGGGUUUUAGUGGUGAAUUUCCAAAGAUUACGAUCAGAAGAACCCAAAUCCUUCUACAUCUUGCUGUACAUUUUAUUUAUAAGAGAACAUCGUAAAGGCAACGCCUUAAAGGAGUGGGCACACGAGCUACCUACACCUCUCAAUAAAGAGGACCUCGAUGAUGUUGGUAACACUGACAUUGCUGCAUAUUUACAUCAUGAAGGGGAUACGAUCCGAAUUUCGCAUGAAGUUUUUCAAAUUGCGCUGUUUCAAUGUAUAUCUACACACGAUAUCGACAUGAUUUUAAAAUUUUGUGAAUUGCACACAAUGCUCAGUAUUUGUAGACCUAAAGAUGAUCCUGAAGAAUUUUCAGUUAAGGUAGAUGACAAUGAUACAAAAGAACUAAAGAGUAGAGAUCAAUGUAAAGAUUUGAUUAUAAAAACUGGUCAUCCAUUUAAAAGAUAUUUCGAAUCUGAAACAACACUAAGUGACUAAGUUACAUGGCAUGACAAUCUGAUGAGCGGCCAGACAUCUUAUAUCCAAUAAAAAAAAAUCCCUGUGCAUUAUUUUGCAGAGAAAAGAAACUUGAUGUAAGUAGGAAUUGAGGAAAAGAAAUAAUUAUAUAGAGUUAAGCAAAAGGUCCACCGGGAGGUGCGAUUGACCUACAGUAAAAACAGUUAAAUACAACUAAUUCCAAGCAAUUCAAUUUAUAAUCAACCUACUUAAUGGUGAAUUACUCUUUAAAUAUAUAAAGCUACUUAUUUAUACUCACAGCGUCACUGAGGGGUUCUGAGUUCCACGGUCAUGCGUGGACUUAAGGCCCUUGACGUUGUGAGAAAGCUUUUUAUUAUAAGUUCAAUUUGGUAGAAAAUUUGGUGUUUUAUAAUCAUUACAUCUUAGUAUAUGAAUGCUUUGUUUUAUAUGAUUUGAUUGCUAGUAAAUGUGAAACUUAUAGUAGUUUAAUCUAAUUAAAAAAUAUAGAAGUUA